AGGCGCGGGGCCGCGCGCCGCCACGUGCAGCACCUCCGCGCCCUGCCCGCCGCCAGCGCCGCGCCCAUGGCCGCGCCGAGCUCCCUGGAAGCGGUGAAGAGGAAGAUCCAGUGCCUGCAGCAACAGGCGGAUGAGGCCGAGGAUCGCGCCCAGGUCCUCCAGCGGGAGCUGGACCUGGAACGGGACCUGCGGGAGAAAGCUGAAGGGGAGGUGGCAGCUCUGAACAGGCGUAUCCAGCUCGUGGAAGAGGAGCUGGAUCGUGCCCAAGAGCGGCUGGCCACAGCCUUGCAGAAACUGGAGGAGGCCGAGAAGGCAGCGGAUGAGAGUGAGCGAGGAAUGAAGGUUAUUGAGAACAGAGCAAUGAAAGAUGAAGAGAAAAUGGAAAUCCAGGAAAUGCAGCUGAAGGAGGCCAAGCACAUCGCUGAAGAGGCUGACCGCAAAUAUGAAGAGGUUGCCCGUAAACUGGUUAUUUUGGAGGGUGAACUGGAAAGAGCUGAAGAGCGUGCAGAGGUGUCUGAAGUUAAAUGUAGCGACCUUGAAGAGGAGUUAAAGAAUGUCACCAACAACCUGAAGUCUUUGGAAGCUCAAUCUGAAAAGUACUCGGAAAAAGAAGAUAAAUACGAAGAAGAAAUCAAGAUUCUCUCUGACAAGCUUAAAGAAGCUGAAACUCGUGCUGAAUUUGCAGAGAGAACUGUUGCCAAACUGGAAAAGUCUAUUGAUGACCUGGAAGAUGAGCUCUACGCUCAGAAGCUGAAGUACAAAGCCAUCAGCGAGGAGCUUGACCAUGCUCUCAACGACAUGACCUCUCUGUGACCUUCAGCUGGGCCGCUGUGCCCUCUGUGUCUCUCACGCUUUCCUUGCCUGUAAAACCUGUCCCUUCUGUGCAGCCACCACGGGCCCCCCCUCCGCCUCCUCUGUAAGAACCGAGCUCAAUAAAACCGAGAUACCUCGACCUCUCCGCUUUGGGCUUUGCUUCUCUAGAACUCUCCUACGACCCACAGCGGUGACACUGACCAUGGCACUAGGACAUGCAGGUGGUGCCAGGGCAGGACCCCACACCGGGGGUCAUGUUGAAUCAGUGUUCCUAAGGACACAUAUAGCAGUGGAAAGCUCUGAGUGUGUCCAGUGUGUGCUGGCAGUGCUCCAUCUGCUGGGUUAAACGCCUCUGGGACAGCAAAAACCCAGAAGGAUGUAAAUCACAUGUUAAUUAUGGUACAUGACUUGUAAGAUAUGUACAAAAGCCUUUCUGACAGAGCAGUUACCAAAGAAAUGGGUGAAUUUUGUGAAUGCAGUUACAGUGGUGUCCCAACCGUGAAGGUAAGUAAUCACGGGGUU